UCCUCAUUUCUGCUUUUAUCUGCCGAAUUAUAAGUUUUUAUAAUUUACUGUCAGCCUAUAUUUAUUUGUAUAACCAGUAAACUAAACAAAUGAGAAACGAUUUAGAAUUUGGAAUGAGCGAUUGUGGGUAAUGCUACCGUUUGGUUCAGUAUAACAGAAUUAAACGACAGAAAAAGAAAAUGAUUUGGCAAAACAUAAUGGGUAGAAGAAAGGAAAGGACUGUGGUUUUAUAAAAGGUAUAAAACUGGAGAGAAAAGAGAGGAACAGAAAUGAACAGGAGAGAAGAGAUCGUUAUUUCACUCCUCUGAAUUGAACACACCGUACCGACUAACACAUUAUUUUUCAUAGGGAAACAUCAGACAGGGAAUUGUUAUUGUGUGGAAGAGGAGACAAGAACAUUACAGGAAUAACCAGAAUCAGAAAAAAAAAUUAGGUAUGAAUAUUAGUUAUAUGGAAAUGAAAUGGUUGCUUAAUAGCAGAAAUGUUCAGAGAGCAGAUGACAUCUGGCUAAAUUUUUUCUUUUUGUAAAACAGUCCAAGUUGAUAUAUAUAUUUUUUUCUUUGUUUUAUAAUUUUUUUAUCACGCUAUCUACACUCUUACCGCUUGGUGGCGGUAGCGCAAACCCACCGUUUUAUUCCAAUCACCAAUGAAACUCAAGAAGAAGAAGAAGAAGAAGCUGCUGCUAAACUGUUUAGCGUGAGAAGUUUUGCAGUUUAAGAAGUAAAAAGUACCGCAUAUAAACCUGUAACAAAUCGUCGUGUCAAUAGUUUAGCUGUAUCAGCCGACGCCUGAGCUACGACUAGUUCAAGCGAGUAAACACACCGGAGUUUGAGUUUUAUGCCGACUUUAAAGAUGACAGUUGGAGCUACCUCGCUAGCAAGCCUCGCUAGCUCUUGUUUACUAUCGGUUCCCUGAAAGUUCAUGUCGUUCUGCUUUCAGACGAAAGUAAUGUCUAAGAUAUAGUAUAUGUUUACUUUAUCCAUUUAUCUUACGACUUGUUAUGUUAUGUUAUGUAUAGCCCCACAGGUUUUGACCGAGAGCCACCAUAUGGUUGUCCCCAUCGUGUCGCAUUGAGUCUCGUCCAACUUUUAGUCAGCGUCACGGAUGAGCAUGCGAUCCAGAAGUCUGAACUCGUCUCAACCAACCAAAGCGACGAGAACCUUCACACGGCGCCACGAUUUUCACAUCGGCAAACGAUCCAAGGAAGCCCCUUACCAUUUCCAGGAACAACCCGAUUCACCGCCGAUCGACGUCCGGCCCGGGACAUUUGAACCAAAAUAAAAUUUUUGCCAGUCGACCAGAGCGGAAAGGGAGAAACCACCAAAGAAUGCGCCACGUUUACCGACGCGUUUCUAAUCGGCGGCAGGUGCACGGCGGCAGAAGGACGAAGGAAAGAGACGCGAGGCCAGAUCACCGAGGCAGAAGGAUGGCCAAGCGAGCCGCUUGGAGGAACGUUCCCAGCGAAACGGUGAGCUCCCAUCAGGACCGAGCCCUCGACUCCACCGUCUUCCUGCUGCGCUCCUUCGGCCCGACUGCCUUCUUGCUCAGGGAGGACGGAGAGACGGCCGACUUGAAGGUGUGCUUGGGUGAGCGCCAUACGUGCACCUGUCCGACGUUCGCCAGGGAGCGGGAACCGUGCAAACACAUCUGCUGGCUUUUACUGAGGAAAUUCCAACUACCCAGAGAGCACCAGUAUGCGUUUCAGUCGGGGCUGUCGGACCGCCAGCUGCUUGAGGUUCUCCAAGGUUCGCACCUGCCCAAAGCCUCUGCUGUCGGGAGCCCCCGCCGGACUCUUCUGGAACGUGAGACCGGAGCCGUCUGUCGGAAAGACGUUCGGAACCUGGACGUGUGUCCCAUCUGUCUGGAGGGGCUGCUGCGGAAAAAACUGCCCGUGUGUUACUGCAGGUACGGCUGCGGUAACAGCGUCCACAUCUCCUGCAUGAAGGUGUGGGCCGACAGCCAGGGCCUGUCGGACGGCCGGGAGAUGCUGCGGUGCCCCCUGUGCAGGGAGAGCUUUGGCUCCCUGCAGCUGCUCCGGGAGCAGGCGAAGAACGCGGCACGGCUCUUCGUGGCCGCCGAGAAGGAGAGAGCGGACCGACACCUGGGAGUGGUCUGCUGCGGCUGUGGAGUGGAACCGAUCGCCGGGACCUGCUACAGAUGCGACCUCUGCGGCUCUCUGUAUCUCUGUGAGACCUGCGUAAAGAAAGGAAACCACUCGCGGCAUCCUCUCGCUUCGAGAACGACGAGAAAAGAAGAGUGGACUCCGGCGCCCGCGGGCUCCCCCCCGGAUCCGGAGCCGGGGGACGGAAGGUGCGUUCGGCCAGGAUUUGCGUCCCGUGGUGGUGACGUGGCCGGCGAAUGUCGCCGUCUUCUCCUCGGCGCUCCGGCGGAGCCUCCCGCCGACGUCGUGUUCCGGCGUGUCCCCGUGGCCGAGGUGAGGCGCGGCUCUCGGCUGCUGGACGAGGGGAUGCAGUGUCGGAUCUGCCUGCUGGAAUUCCGUGAGGGUCAGCGGCUCCGGACGCUGCCCUGUCGACACCAGUUUCACGUGCGCUGCGUGGACCGGAUCCUCCUGAGGUCCCGCUCCUGUCCCCUGGACGGAUACGUCGUCUGCUGUCGGAGACCGACGGACGGGAACGGCUCUUCCGAGGACGCCUCCGUCCGGCGGAGGGAGGACCGCCUGAAAGACCUGUUUGUCCCUGGAAUAGCGCUGCUCGCUCAAAGUGCCCGACCCUCUCCCGCUUGUGGAGCUACCGACUCGGAUACAUCGAUAGAUGCCUCCCCUUUUGGUGGUCCCCGCAAAAAGAGCAAAGGCAACGUGGCCGCCGGGAAAGCCAAACUGCGUCUGAAAGACGCGGGCGAGGACGCGUUCGGAGACUCUGCGGGAGACGGCUUGGAGCUGAGAAUGACCGGAUUUUCUAUAACCAAAGAAUAAAAGCGGACUGGGAUGUCCGCGCGUUUCGCUCUG